UUUGAAAGAUUUCCGGGGAACGAGCUGGAGGGCCGAGGAGAGGCUAUCUUUUACUGUCUAUGAGGAGAGGGGUUGGUAUGCAAAUAGAGCUUUGAUAAGAACCCAUAGACUGUAUAAAAUAGGUGGAUGUCCAACUUUCCUUCCUACUAAUGUGCCCCAGGCUUCCUGAUCGCAGCGAGACAACUGGAAUAUUCAACACGUGAACUCCUGUACAACGCCCUCUUAUUUAUCAGGUGGGAAAGGGUAAACAUGUUCCUUGGUCAUGAAAUAACAAAACGAAAGUAUCACCCUGUGGAACUUGAGAGAAAUAAAGAUGGCCACUACCAGUCCCUCUGAAAUAGACCAGGAAUUCCACGAAUGGAAACUCAAACACAACAAGGUGUACAGCACCCCAGAGGAGGAAGCACGACGGAAAGUCCUCUGGCUCGCCUCCAGAGAGAAGGUCCUGGCCCACAACAAACUGGCUGACCAGGGCGUCCACACCUGGUGGAUGGGCAUGAACCAGUUCUCUGACAUGGACUCUGCCAAUGGGGAGGUACCAUGUGGCUGCAUGGCACCCAGAAAUCAGGACAAGAAAUGUGGCAAGUCUCAUGGAGAUUGUUGAAAGCUGACAGUGAUCAACUGGACCAGAGAGUGAUUGCUCAGGUUGCUUGACUCAACUAACCGUAAACAACUAUCCAAUCUGCUUUUGAUGCUGUACCGAUCAACUUGUUGCCAUUCUCGCUUGCAAUUCCAAAAUAUUGUCCCCUUAUUUGCAAGAUUGAAUUUCCCCUUGGGGGUCAAUAAAGUAUCUAUCUAUCUA